GGAUCAUAAUGCACUCAGGAACGGGCUGGCGAGCGGUGUCGGUGCGAUCUGCAUUUCGCUUUCGAAAAAGCGGUGCAGGCCGGAAGGGCUCACAAACAUGCAAGCUCGUUAUUGUUGGAAUGAUCCUCGCGUACUAUACAGGCAUCGCUAUCCCCAAGCCCAUCCACAAGCAUUCCUACAUUCCCCUCCUUCCAGAAAGGCGGCCCCGGCAAGGCACACUACCGGCCCAUCCAACCCCCGUCCACGACGAGCAGCUCGCCGCACACGUACUGGCUCGCCCUGCUCGCGAGGAAGACGACGGGCCCCGCAAAGUCCCUCGGUUCGCCCCACCGCCCAGCGGGGAUGCGCUCCGAGAUCUGGCGGAGGCGCGCGGGGUCCUGGAGGAGCUUCUCGUUCAUGUCGGUCGCGAUGUAUCCCGGGCAGAUCCCGUUCACCUGCACGUUGUCCUUGCUCCACUCAUUGCUGAGCGCCUUCGUGAGCUGGCCGAGCGCGCCCUUCGCCGCCGCAUACGCGGGCACGGUGAACCCGCCCUGCGCCCAAGCAAGCCACCGUCAGCCACCACGUCCCAGCCACCGCACACGCAAAAGGCCCAGUCGAUCGACCCGGAGAAGGGCGAGAAGCAGCCGGGUGAACGACGCCGCGGGCGCGCGCAUCAGGGUCCGUAUGGGAGAGCGUUUGUGGGCCCCGCGGCGGAAUGCGGGAGGCGCACACGGAGACACACACGCACCUGGAACGUCAGCAGCGAGCAGAAAUUGAUGAUCUUGCCGCGCCGCCGGGCGACCAUGUGCUGUCCGGCGGCCUGCGCGAGCAGCCAGACGGACUUGAGGUUGACGUUCAGCACCUAUGUGAACAGCAAGGGUCAGCGAAUCUCUACUUUAUCAUUGAUCUGCGGAAGGCGGAUCGCAAAGGGUCUCAGGGUGAAGGUGAAACGGGGAUGAAGGGAUAGGAUGGGAUGUCGUAGCGUAUCAACACCGUACGUCACCGUCGAAACCAUGGUCAGAACGCGCAGACGCUCGAGCAAGGCAACGCCCGCGCAGCGUAGCGCACAUCGUGUAUCCUGCUAUCCCCGGAUACCUCACGCACGCACAUCCAGCGCCCAUCGCAGGGCCGCCACCCAUGCAACGGUGCGUCAGCGAACGCCCGCCAGCCACGGCCCGCCAUCGGUCCUCCAACUUCGACGCUACGACGACCAAACCGGGAAAUGAAAGAAAAGGCACCACCGAGCCGCCCGCCAAUGCGCGGCCCCGCAUUGCAUGCCCAGGCAGCACUGCGCACCGCCCUGGCGUCGAGGCCCGUCGACGAUCCCCA